AUGAGUCGUAGUUUAGAGCAGAGACGGAGGUCAAUACCACAGCAAACCUCAGAUGCUGUGAAAGAGAAGAUUCUACCACCCCGGGCUGAUACAAUUUCACAAUAUCGAGAUAUAUUUGGAUCAGGGCAUUCAUUUGGCCAACCAUACCGUGGUCUGCAUAGAGAAUUAAGACAGCGUGGAAGCACUGAGAAUGUGAUCCAAUUUAGGUAUUCCGAGAAUCAACAGACAACACAGCAGGGGAUUAAGAUAUGUAAAGAUGAUGAGCUUGUUAAGCACAUGUCGAAUUUACCUAGCUUUCUCCAGCAGGUAGAGAAAGAAAAAAGUGUCCAAGAAAAGGCAUUGAAUUUUGGAGUUCUUGAUUGGAAGCGAUUAGAGAAAUGGAAGUACAACGAACGUAUGCCUGCAAAAUCUGCAAAAUGCCACAGGAAAACAUCAUCAUUGAGCAAUAAUUCCUUGUUUAUAAAAAGUGGACCACCUAAAAUUAGUUCACAGCUGAGAAAACAGCUAACAUCACAUGGUUUACAUCCUCUUUCUUCAUCACAGGGAAAACAACCCUCGUCUCACAGUUCACAUUUUGGUUCAUCACCUUUGAGAAAACAAUUCCCAUCACAGAGUUCAUAUCUUAGUUCAUCUCAGGUGGAAAGAAAGACCGGAGGUAUCGGAGAGUCCACAGGAAACGGCACAUUUAUCAAAGAUCUGCAAGCUCAAAGUAGCACUGUGGAUGGGCAGCAAGGUAAUUUCAAUCAGAGAGCUAAGCCUUGUGGAAGGGAUCAUUCUGAAAUAAAUAUGAACCGUGGCAAGAGUAACAAUUCGGUGAAAAAGAUAGUAUUGGAAAAGGAUGCUUUGGCGUUGGACCAGGGUAAAAAUGGGUCCAUCUCUUCACCUAAAACAAUAAUUGUUCAGGAAGGGAAGAGUAAGAUGCGAUUCAAAGAUGAACUCAACCUUACUCCUCAACGUAGCACUGUGGAGGCACAAAACAUUGUACUUCUAGUACCCAACCAUUUCCCAAAGACGAGUUGCUCAGACACUUCGCAGCUUACAGAAUCCAAGAUGUUAGAUAGACAAUUGCCACAAGGAUAUUGGACCAGAUUUUCUGAUGGCUUUUCUCUGCAGGAGCCUCAUUCAGGAAAAUUUUCGUCCGACAUUCCACAUUCAUGUCCCUUGUCUACUAGUGCUACUGUCAACGCCGAGUCUGGUAUGGAACCACAUAACUUGGUCAAUGCUGAGGCCAUGGACUCAGAAUUUUGCACGAGUGCAGAUCCAGAUGACAUAAUUGUCCCACCCAUAAAAUGUGAAGCGAAACGUUCAUUUUCAGUCGAUGCUUCCAAGAGAACGGAUGCCGAUGCUGAACAGAAAGCUGGGAAAGGAAGACAUCCAUCCCCUAAUCGCCGCUUCAGCUUUAGCCUUGGGAAGAUGACCAGGAGCUUUAGCUUUAAGGAGAGCUCUGCGGUUUCACAGUUGAGUUCUACAUAUACUGCUCCGAAGUCCGGCCCAGUUGUAUCUGAGCUUUUGUCUAGUAUGGAGAGCUACGAUAAAGUCAAAGAAGCUGCUAGUAGUCGAGGGAGGUCUAGCCCUUUAAGAAGGUUACUGGAGCCGUUGCUGAAGUAUAAAGGAGCUCAUUCAGCUGAGAUUGUUCCUCCACCAGAUAGAAACUCGCAUUUCAUGCUCUCUAAGCCCGUGAACCCCAAUGGACCAAUUCAAGACAGGAAGCAUGAGGUGUCUACUUUUCAGGCUCUUCUGCAGCUUUCAGUGAAGAAUGGACUCCCUUUUUUCAAACUUGCAGCUGAUAAUAGUAACAACGUGCUGGCUGCUACUAUAAAGAAGUUGCCAUCGUCUGGAAAGGGUGAUUGUAGCUUGAUUUAUACAUUCUACUCCCUUCACGAAAUUAAGAAAAAGAGCAUGAGCUGGAUAAAUCAAGGAACAAAAGGUAAAAGUUGUGGAUUUGGCUAUAAUAUCGUUGCCCAGAUGAAGAUUUCGAGCUCUUAUCUCCCUCAAUUAAAUUCUAAGGACUCUAGUCAAUGCGUGGUAAGAGAAUGUGUCUUGUAUGGUGUUGAUCUCAGCCAGGUGGAUAAGAAAACACCUGAGAUUUUGUUUAAUAGGGAGAUUGCAGCAAUAGUUAUAAAGAACACAUGUGAGAAGCUAAAGGAUGAAGAUUUGAGCGACAAAGGCAGACCAUUCAAGUAUAGAGAGUUUGCAAGGUGUGGCUCAGGAGAAGAUGGGAACCCCAAUAGCACAGUAGUAAUUCUUCCUGUUGGAAUUCAUGGCUUACCAAAUAAAGGUGCACCCUCGCCAUUAAUUAACCGAUGGAAAUCUGGUGGAUCGUGUGACUGUGGAGGCUGGGAUGUUGGUUGCAAGCUACAAAUCCUCGCUAACCAGGAAAGAUGCAGCAAGAUUACAGGACAAUGUAUGCACAGCUUGGCUGCAGAUCGUCUUGAUCUUUUUGUUCAGUCUGAAGAGCGAGGGAGCAAGCCGAUUUUCAGCUUGGAACCAACAAGCAAUGGAUUUUACUCUGUUGAAUUCAAUGCAUCCAUUUCUUUGCUAGAAGCAUUUUUUGUAUCUGUAGCCAUCAUAACUAGUCGAAAGCUAUCUGAAAUCUUAGACGUGAAUGAUCUGUCAGAAACUGCACCUUUAUCAGAAGGCACGAUUGGACAGGAUAAGUUGAAGUCACAAACCACACUCCCAGUGCAUGUAAAAUAUGUCACUUGUCCACCCUCCUCGCCAGUUGGAAGGAUCUAG